AUGCGCUCCCUCUCCUUGAGCUCUGCAUCAGUCGGUGCGGACUUGCCCUCGUCGUUGGACUUCCUUGGACCUUUUUUCACCGCCGCGGAAGGGGGGGCCAGCACCCAGUUCGGGGUCUACAGCGGGGUUCGACGACACUCCCUUCUGUUCGACAAGUGGGUCUUCUGCACGGAGACGAGCCGCAACCUGACGACGGGCGCCUACAACCGCCAGUGCUUCGGGACGGUGAGCAAGGCCAACUGGACCGACCCCCUGACGCGCUUCGACUCCUGCAAGAGCGCCAUCCUCAACGACGCCCCGAGCAGCUCCACCAUGAUCCCCAUCCGCAUCUGCACGCUCGACUCGACGAUGAACGAGCUCUGCAUCAAGGUCGCGGACUUCCUCCAGCGGAAUCAGGCCGCCAAAAGGCUGCAAGGCAGCGGGGAGCUGCAAGGACCUGCGCUUCCUCUACACGCAUUGAAACGACCAGACAUCCCCAUGAGCGGAGCGAAGACGACAUCAGUGAUGGGAAAUUAG